AUGGUGAGGUCAAGUGUAGUCCGGGAAGGAACGCAGUCCGGGAGAAAGUUCACUGAACAUUUGAAUGAACUUGUGAAAUCCACUGGACAAGAUUCACUUAGACCGGUCUGCUUGGGUCAGGCUAAUAAUCGUUCAGCUGUAACACCCUUUAGGUGCCUAGCUGCCACGCCACAUGAAGGAGACACGAGGGCUGAGAUACUGCCAGGUCUCCCAAGCCUAGACAGGGGAAGUCGAGAGGCAGAGGUCGGGUUCGAACUACAAGCCUUCCGGUCAGUAAAUUCAUGUUCUAACCACUUGGUCCAUCUCGCCCCCAGAUCACAGGCUAAUCGCUUUUGUUUGACACGCAGAUGUGGAUCACAGAGGAACAGAUGA